AUGGCUUAUAACAGACCUUAUAACCCCGACGAGCUGCCUAGAUUCGCGGAGCCAGCUACAUUAAAAGAGCCCGGCCCCGGCCCCGCCCCCUCCCAGUACCAUCACGCUCCCCCACCACAACCCCCUCCGGGCCCUUCACGAUACGAGAAUCGGCCGCCGCCGCCUCGACCUCUUGAGCAUAGAGCCCAAACCUUCAGCGAUCUGUACGGCGCACCGAACUACCAACAAGGCCGUCUUUCACCCCGCAUGGCAGCAGCACCGCCGGAUCGUGAGCGCUACGGAAUGAGUCCUCCACCACAGGCUGCCCCUACGCGACCGCAUCCCCAGAACCUGCCACCGACGAGCUCGCGCCCACCGCCAAGCCCCACAGAACGCGGCAGCUCUGCUGAUCCAACGUUGCUGCCUCUUUUUAGAGCUGUGGACAAAGAUGGCACGGGCCAGCUCUCUGAGCGCGAGCUCUCAGCGGCGCUGGUCAACGGCGACUGGACGGCGUUCGACCCACAGACGGUGCGCAUGAUGAUUCGCAUGUUCGACAGCGACCGCAGUGGCACGAUUGGCUUCGAAGAGUUCUGUGGACUCUGGUCCUUCUUGGCCUCGUGGCGCUCGCUCUUCGACCGCUUCGACGUCGACCGCUCUGGCAACAUUAGCCUGGACGAGUUCCGCAACGCCCUCGUCGCCUUCCGCUACCGCCUCAGCGACCGCUUUACGGAGUUGCUGUUCCGUACCUACGACAAGCGUGGCGAGGGUGUUAUGAGCUUCGAUCUCUUUGUGCAAGCGUGCAUCAGCCUCAAGCGCAUGACUGAUGUGUUUAAACGCUACGAUGAUGACCGUGAUGGGUACAUCACACUGAGUUUUGAGGAUUUUUUGACUGAGAUUCUGCGCCAGCUGCGGUAA